AAAAAUAAAAUCGGAAGGCCCCAACAACAACAACAGCCAGGAGGAUCUUCUUGUAAGGAAGUGGCACACACAACACAACACAACCCAUGAUUUCCAAUUCUACGCCUCAAACAUUGUAUCCCUGCCAUGCCCUUAAUACGCUACCUUUAGAGAGAAAUGCCUUUGAAGUUUCAGCUCACAAAUGAAAUAUACGAGUUUGAGUGAGAGGAACCAGAAUCUACAUUCAUUAACCUCUAAUCUACCUGAUUCAAUGAGGCUUUUGUUCAUCUCAUUCUCAGCAUUCUUUUAAUAAAUGUAACUGAUACUUUUGUGAGAAUGGGACACCUAAAGAUGCAACUGCAAACUGGUCUAAAUGGAACAGAGGAUCAAUAUGAGCACUGUGGAGCUGGAAAUCUGAACAAAACUACUAUAGCAUGCAUGAUAAAUGCAGAAAUUGGAGCUGUUUUGGCUGUCAUGCGAAGAAAUGUUAGAUGGGGAGUUCAUUACAUGUCAGAUGAUGACCAAUCAGAGCACUUUCUCGUUCAGUCUUUAAAGGCACUAAGGAGGCAAAUUUUCUCAUGGCAGAAUGAAUGGAAUGCCAUUAACCCUGCCUUGUACCUCCAGCCUUUUUUGGAUGUGAUACAAUCAGAUGAAACUGGUGCACCUAUAACUGGUGUUGCUCUGUCAUCUGUUUACAAGAUCUUAACUCUGGACGUGAUUGAUCAAAACACUGUUAAUGUUGGGGAUGCCAUGCACUUGGUGGUUGAUGCUAUCACAAGUUGCAGAUUUGAGGUGACUGAUUCUGGAUCAGAAGAAGUGGUAUUAAUGAAGAUUUUACAAGUUCUUUUAGCAUGUGUGAAAGGUAAAGCAUCUGUGAUGCUAAGUAACCAACAUAUUUGCACCAUAGUAAACACUUGUUUCCGUAUAGUUCAUCAAGCAGGAACCAAAGGUGAACUGUUGCAACGAAUAGCAAGGUAUACAAUGCAUGAACUGGUUAGGUGUAUAUUUUCUCACCUUCAGAAUAUUGACAACAGAGAGUGUGCAUUCGUAAAUGGGAGUGCUACCUUAAAACAAGAGACCAAUGGAGUAAAUAAUGAGCAUGCUUUGGCAAGUGGACAAUUGGAAAAUGGGAGGUUGAAUUCUACAUAUGAGGCUCAACCAUUAUCUACAGGCAUCGCUUUCAGUACUGCAACUGUUGUGACAGAAGCUGUAAUGGAUGAAAACGCAUCUAUUGUUACCAGUGUUAAUGGGAUUGAUCCACACGAAUUACAGGUCAUGAUUGAACCGUAUGGGGUUCCCUGUAUGGUGGAAAUAUUUCACUUCUUGUGUUCUUUGCUGAAUGUUGCUGAACAUAUGGGAGUGAAUCCUAGAUCAAACACAAUAACAUUUGAUGAAGAUGUGCCUCUUUUUGCGUUAACUUUGAUUAAUUCAGCCAUCGAGUUGGGAGGAGCUUCUUUUCGCCGUCACCCAAGAUUAUUGAGUUUAAUUCAGGAUGAAUUAUUCCGCAAUCUUAUGCAAUUUGGUUUAUCAAUGAGCCCUCUUGUACUUUCAAUGGUGUGUAGCAUUGUUCUGAAUCUCUAUCACCAUCUUCGUAUGGAGCUCAAAUUACAGCUAGAAGCAUUUUUUUCUUGUGUAGUUUUGAGGCUUGCACAAAGCAAAUAUGGGGCUUCAUAUCAACAACAGGAGGUUGUGAUGGAAGCCCUUGUUGAUUUUUGCAGGCAAAAAACAUUCAUGGUGGAGAUGUAUGCUAACUUUGACUGUGACAUAAGUUGCAGUAAUGUCUUUGAAGAUAUUGCUAAUUUGUUGUCCAAAAGUGCAUUUCCUGUGAACAAUCCAUUAUCUUCCAUACACAUUCUUGCUUUGGAUGGUCUUAUUGCUGUAAUGCAGGGAAUGGCUGAAAGGAUAGGUAGUGGAUCUUUAGGUUCAGAACAAUCUCCUGUGAAUUUUGAGGAGUAUUCUCCAUUCUGGAUGGAAAAGUGUGACAAUUUUGGUGACCCAAAUGAUUGGGUUCCUUUUGUCCGCCGAAGAAAGUACAUAAAGAGAAGAUUAAUGAUUGGAGCUGAUCACUUCAAUCGAGAUGAUAAGAAAGGUCUUGAGUUUCUCCAAGGAACACAUCUUUUGCCUAACAAACUUGACCCCCAGAGUGUUGCUUGCUUUCUAAGAUACACCGCUGGGUUGGAUAAAAAUCUCAUUGGUGAUUUCCUUGGAAAUCAUGAUGAAUUCUGUGUUCAGGUUCUCCAUGAAUUUUCUAGGACAUUUGAUUUUGAAGAUAUGACCUUAGAUAUGGCCCUUCGUGUAUUUUUGGAGAGUUUUAGGUUACCUGGAGAAUCACAGAAGAUACAUAGGGUGCUUGAAGCUUUCUCUGAGAGAUAUUAUGAACAAUCACCGCAUAUCCUAGCUAACAUGGAUGCUGCUCUUGUGUUAUCAUACUCAAUUAUAUUGCUUAAUACAGAUCAUCAUAAUGUGCAGGUCAAAAAGAAGAUGACAGAAGAGGAUUUUAUCAGGAAUAAUAGGCAUAUAAAUGCUGGCAAUGAUCUGCCUCGAGAAUUCCUGUCAGAGAUUUACCAUUCAAUUUGUAAGAAUGAAAUCCGUACCACUCCUGAGCCAGGCUUUGGAUUUCCAGAAAUGACCCCAAGUCGGUGGAUUUCUCUGAUGCACAAGUCAAAACAAACUGCUCCAUUCAUUGUAUCUGAUUCCAGGGCAUACUUGGAUUAUGAUGUGUUUGUUACAUUGUCAGGCUCAACAAUUGCUGCCAUUUCUGUGGUUUUUGAUAAUGCUGAAAAUGAAGAGGUAUACCAAGCAUGUAUGGAUGGAUUCUUGGUUGUUGCAAAGAUAUCCGCCUACUAUCAUCUUGAAAAUGUACUUGAUGAUCUAGUUGUGUGCCUCUGUAAGUUCAUUACCAUUUUGGAUCCAUUAUCAGUUGAGGAAUCUGUCCUGGCCUUUGGAGAUGAUACAAAAGCAAGAAUGGCAACUGAAACAGUUUUCACUAUUGCAAAUAGAUAUGGUGAUUACAUCCGCACAGGGUGGAGGAAUAUUCUUGAUUGCAUCUUAAUAUUUCACAAGUUAUGCCUCCUUCCUCCGCAGUUGGCCAGUGAUGCAGCUGACGAGUCACAGGUAACUACAGAAACAGGAGAUGGGAAGCCUAAUUCAAAUUUGUUACCAUCAACACAUCUUCGAUAUACGACUCCAAAGAGACCCUCAGGAUUGAUGGGCAGGUUUAGUCAACUUUUAUCUCUUGGCGUUGAAGAGACACGAUCAGUGCCAACUGAAGAACAAUUGGUUGCUCAUCAGCAAGCUGCACAAACAAUUCAUAAAUGUCACAUUGACAGCAUAUUGGGUGAGAGUAAAUUUUUGCAAGCUGAAUCUCUAUUGCAUCUUGCAAGAGCACUCAUUAAUGCUGGAGCUCAACCUCUGAAAGGGAAUAGAAUAUCUGAGGAUGAAGACACUUCAGUUUUCUGCCUGGAGUUGCUAAUAGCAAUCACUCUGAAUAACAGGGAUAGAGUUGGACUACUUUGGACGGGUGUUUAUGAGCACAUAUCCAAUAUUGUUCAGUCAACUGUGAUGGCUUGUGCACUGGUAGAAAGGGCUAUUUUUGGACUGCUUAGAAUUUGCCAUCGCUUACUUCCCUACAAAGAGAACAUUACUGAUGAACUUUUGAGGUCCCUGCAACUUGUCUUGAAGCUUGACGCACGGGUUGCAGAUGCAUACUAUGAGCAGAUUACGCAGGAGGUCACUCGCCUUGUGAAGGCGAAUGCUUCUCAUAUUAGAUCUCAGUUUGGAUGGCGGACAAUUUCAUCACUGCUUUCCAUCACUGCUAGACACCUGGAAGCAUCUGAGGCUGGAUUUGAUGCGCUGAGGUUCAUUAUGUCUGAUGGAGCUCACUUGCUCCCUGCUAAUUACAUUCUCUGUGUAGAUGUUGCGAGACAGUUUGCUGAAUCUCGUCUAGGACUGGUAGAUCGGUCUAUAAUUGCACUAGAUCUUAUGGCAGGUUCUGUCAUUUGUUUAGAAAAGUGGUCCAAUAAUGCUAAACAAGCAGUCAAAGAAGAGGAAGUGGAAAAGGUGUUGCAGGAUAUUGGGGAAAUGUGGUUUAGGCUAGUGCAGGGACUGAGGAAAGUAUGUCUGGACCAGAGAGAGGAGGUUAGAAACCAUGCGUUGUUAUCUCUGCAGAAGUGCUUCACAGGAGCUGUUGGGACUCACCUCCCACGCGAUUUGUGGAUAACAUGUUUUGAUCAAGUGAUCUUCACCGUGCUAGAUGACCUGCUUGAAAUUGUGCAGUCACACUCUCAGAAGGACUACCGGCACAUAGAAGGAACGCUUAUUAUUGCCUUGAAGCUAUUGUUUAAUGUUUUCCUCCAGUUACUCCUAGAAUUAUCGCAAUUGGAAGCCUUCUGCAAAUUAUGGGAGGGUGUGCUAAGCCGUACCGAAAAAAGUUUGCAGGUGAAGAUUUGGGGUAGGAGAAGUGAGAAGCUUCAGGAGCUUGCACCUGAGCUUCUGAAGAACACUUUGCUUGUAAUGAAAUCUGAGGGCAUACUAGUGCAGAACAGUGGCUCAGGAGAAAAUAGUUUGUGGGAGAUGACAUUUCUACAUAUGAAGAAUAUUGCACCCUCAUUGCAGUUUGAGGUGUUCCCUGAGCAAGAUUCGGAGCACUGGCACAAACCGAUUGAAACAGUUGGAAGUUUAGGACCUGAUGCAAACAUUUUUGUUCCUUCAAAUGAAAAAUGGGCCAAGAGGGUAAUGUUAUCAGUUAAAUCUACAUGCAGUGCCUAAGCUACCCGAAUUGGCUUUUCUAUGUGACCCUAUGAAUACCCUUCUCUUUUCUAUGUUGAGGUUGUGAAGGUGUUCUAGUUGAUUAUGCAGAAUAUCGCAUUGUUAUUAUGGUUGGAGCAGUUUGAUCAGGCUAAGCAUGAAGUGAAGUUGCUUGUUAUUUGGUAUUCUCUCUUUCUCAUAAUUGCCCCGGGGACUUGUUAGUUGUUACUUUAUACGGAUGAGACUUUUGGUUGGAGAUAUGCUAUACAACACAGAUACAAUCUCAAAUGAUAAAGCAUUAGUAUUAUCUUGCUAGGUUGUACAUGUAUUUACUCGGUAUGUUAAUGAUGUAAAAAACACAAUUUUUGAGAUGAUAAUCAUAAAUAUAUUAUAUACACAUAUUAAGACAGGUUACUUAAGCAGUGAGUGUUGUUAGAGUUUGGAUCCGUUUCUAAAGUGUGUAAAAUCGAUUUUGGUUUAAGCAAAAUAAUUUGCUGCUGUUCAA